UAAAGUAUUGCGAUCAUCUGCACGGAAAAUGGUAUUUUUCGGAAAUUCGAGCAAUUUUUUCACGCCGAUAUUUGUUGCAGAAUAUUGCAAUCGAAAUUUUUUUAGCAAGUCGAACGUCGAUCUUCUUCGUCUUUCCGGAUCAGCCAACGGUGAAGAAGGUGAUCAAGGCAUUACCGCGAGUCGGCGUCGGCAUCAAAUACGGAAUCCCACAGACAAGACGAGCAUCUAUGAUGUCACCUCGCCAAUUGAUGAGAAAUUCAAAUAUGACGCAAAAAUGGCAGCGUCGAGAGAUCAACAAUUUCGAAUAUAUUAUGUUCCUGAAUACAAUCGCCGGACGAACUUACAAUGAUCUUAAUCAGUAUCCCGUAUUCCCAUGGGUUUUAACCAAUUAUGAAACGAAAGAACUAGAUUUGAGUUUACCAAGUAACUAUCGUGAUUUGUCAAAGCCUAUAGGGGCCUUAAAUCCAAGUAGAAGAGCUUAUUUCGAAGAACGAUUCCAGGGUUGGGAACAUGACAGUAUCGCGCCAUUUCAUUUUGGAACGCAUUACUCUACUGCUGCAUUCGUUCUAAAUUGGCUUAUUCGAGUGGAGCCAAUGACGACGAUGUUCUUAGCUCUUCAAGGAGGAAAAUUUGAUCAUCCUAAUAGAUUAUUUUCGUCUGUGGCAUUAUCUUGGAAAAAUUGUCAGCGUGAUACUUCGGAUGUCAAAGAAUUGAUUCCAGAAUUUUUCUUCUUACCAGAAAUGCUAAUCAAUUCAAAUCGUUAUCGAUUUGGACGACAGGAGGAUGGUAGUUCUGUUGGUGAUGUUCAAUUGCCACCUUGGGCUUCAUCACCUGAAGAAUUUAUUCGUGUUAAUCGAAUGGCUUUAGAAUCUGAAUUUGUUUCGUGUCAAUUACAUCAAUGGAUUGAUCUUAUUUUUGGAUAUAAACAAAAAGGACCAGAAGCGAUACGUGCAACUAACGUAUUUUACUAUCUAACAUAUGAGGGCAGUGUCGACUUAGAUUCGAUUACAGAUUCUGUAAUGAAAGAAGCUAUAGAGAAUCAGAUACGUAAUUUUGGUCAAACGCCUUCCCAACUUCUUAUGGAGCCACAUCCACCAAGAAGCUCUGCUAUGCAUUUGUCUCCAAUGAUGUUUUCAAGUAUUCCUGAUGAUAUUUGUAUGACGUUAAAGUUUCCAUCAAAUUCACCAAUUUGCCACAUUUCUGCUAAUACUUACCCUCAAUUACCUCUACCUUCUGUUGUAACUGUUACAACUGGCCAACAAUUUGCUGUGAAUCGAUGGAACACAAAUUAUGCAGCAACGGUUCAAUCUCCAAGUUAUGCUGAUAUACCGCAAGCACAAGCUGCGAAUCAACCAUUAUCAAUGGAUCCUAUUCUAUCUCAAACAGUAAACAACUCAAAUAUUACAAUGCGUCGACAUCUCGGUGACAAUUUUAGUCAAAAAUUAAAAAUCCGAAGCAAUUGCUUUGUUACUACUGUCGAUAGCCGAUUUUUAAUUGCUUGCGGUUUUUGGGAUAACAGUUUUCGUGUUUUCUCUACUGAAACUGCUAAAAUCGUUCAAAUUGUAUUUGGUCAUUAUGGUGUGGUGACAUGUUUAUCGAGAAGCGAGUGUAAUAUUACAUCGGAUUGUUAUAUUGCUUCUGGCAGUGCCGAUUGUACUGUUUUGCUUUGGCACUGGAAUGCUCGAACACAGAUGAUCGUUGGCGAGAGUGAAGCGCCCGCACCUCGGGCUACGCUCACCGGACACGAACAGCCCGUUACAGCUGUUGUUAUAUCCGCCGAGCUCGGUCUCGUUGUUUCUGGAUCUUUUUGUGGACCGGUUUUGGUGCAUACAACAUUUGGUGACUUGUUGAGAUCUUUGGAGCCUCCAAGUGGUUUUUCAUCGCCAGAAAAUAUUGCCAUGUCAAGAGAAGGGGUUAUUGUUACCAAUUAUGAACGUGGACAUAUAGCCGCCUUUACAAUUAAUGGAAAACGUCUUCGUUAUGAAUCACAUAAUGAUAAUCUUCAGUGUCUAUUAUUGAGUCGAGAUGGCGAGUACUUAAUGACUGGAGGUGACAAAGGGAUAGUUGAAGUCUGGCGCACCUUUAAUUUGGCGCUUUUGUAUGCAUUUCCUACGUGCGAAAGUAGCGUGCGGUCUUUAGCUCUUUCUCAUGAUCAACGUUUUUUACUUGCCGGUCUUGCGAAUGGUUCAAUAGUUAUUUUUCACAUUGACUUCAAUCGAUGGCAUCAUGAAUUUCAACAACGUUAUUGAAAUUUCAUCUUUGAGUUUACAAAGAAAAGAAGUGUC